AACCUUGCUAAAAAGCAUUCCUUACAGGAGAUUGGAUGGUUUGAUGACAACAACAAUGCAGUGGGAGUUCUAACCACCAGAUUGGCCACAGAUGCAUCUCUGGUUAAAGGGGCGACUGGGUCUAGGUUGGGUCUGGCCACCAACACAGUCUGUGCUCUCACCAUCGCCAUUGUGGUGGCCUUCAUCCACAGCUGGCAGCUCACCCUCCUCAUCCUCGCCUGUGUGCCCUUCCUCAUUGGAGCCAACAUCAUUCAGAUGAGGGCCAUGGCAGGCCACGCCUCCAAAGACCAGGGUGCCCUGGAGCAGUCUGGGAAGAUAUCUACUGAGACCGUUGAAAACUUCAAGACAGUUGUUGGAUUGACACGGGAGGACGUCUUCUUUCACAAGUUCAUGGACAGUCUAGAAAGACCAUACCAGAACGGUUUGGUGAAGGCUCCCAUCUACGGACUAACAUUUGCCGUUGCCCAAGCAAUCCCUUACAUGGUCAAUGCUGCAAUCUUCCGCUUUGGGUCCUGGCUUAUUGCUCACUGUCACACAGAAUAUGAAAAUGUUUUCCUUGUGUUUUCUGUGAUCAUAUUUGCUGCCAUGAACAUAGGAGAAUCAGCAUCUUUUGCUCCUGACUUUGCAAAAGCGAAAGCAGCUGCUGGGAGAAUUCUUGGCUUGUUGGAGAAGAAACCAGAGAUUGACAUUUACAGUGAGGAGGGAGAGAAGCCAACGGACUUUGUCGGGGACAUUGAGUUCCGAGGGAUACACUUUGCGUACCCGACCCGUCAAAACGUGAGGGUUCUCCAGGGGUUGAGCGUGUCAGUGGGGCCUGGUCAGACCCUGGCCCUGGUCGGGGAGAGUGGCUGUGGGAAAAGCACCUCCAUACAACUACUGGAGCGCUUCUAUAGCCCUGCUGAAGGAAAAGUGUUAGUGGAUGGGUUGGAUACUAAGACCCUGAACCUGUCGUGGCUGAGGUCUCAGCUGGGCCUGGUGUCCCAGGAGCCCAUCCUUUUCGACUGCAGCAUCUCAGAGAACAUCCAGUACGGGGACAACAGCAGAGACGUCUCCCAGGAUGAGAUAGAGGAGGCAGCCAAGAACGCCAACAUCCAUGACUUCAUCAUGGGCCUGCCAGAGAAAUACAAUACCAGGGUUGGGGACAAGGGGACCCAGAUGUCUGGAGGUCAGAAACAGAGGAUAGCCAUUGCCAGAGCUCUGGUCAGACAGCCUAAAGUACUGCUGCUGGAUGAAGCCACUUCCGCCCUGGACACAGAGAGUGAGAAGAUUGUCCAACAGGCUUUAGACGCCGCCCGGCAGGGCCGCACCUGCAUCGUGAUCGCCCACCGCCUGUCUACCAUCCAGAAUGCAGACCAGAUAGCGGUAAUUCAGUAUGGUCAGGUGACAGAGCAGGGUACACAUACUGACCUCAUGGCUAAAGGGGGGGCUUACUAUGCCCUGGUCAACGCACAGGUCACCCACUAACUCAUAUUCAGAUUGAUGUUUUGCAGCGUAUUUACUGUUCUGUUGAAUGUUGUUUUGUGAGCUCUUUUCAUUGAGCUGCACUUCUUAGCCAGGUCCCCCUUGAGAAAGAGGUCUCCUGUCCAUAAUGGGACUUCCUGGUUAAAUAAAGGUUAUAUAUACAAAUGUAUAAAGAAUAAGGAAUCUAUAUGGAUAAUGGUAUGGUAGCCAUAACUCACUUUGAACGGACUACUAAAAUGAUGUUCAAUUGCAUGAUACAAACUGUCUCAUUGUCAGUUGGUUUGAUCACAUGUAGGUGGUAAACUGAAAUGUAGCCUAUUGGGUUCCUGUGCUAUUGGGUUCCUCACUGUAUGACUCACUUUAGCGUAAUGCUGGAGCACGGACAUCAGCGUAAAUAAGUCUUGAUAAGCUGCCUGGAAUGAAGGAACUGUUCUUGACCAUGGCACCUUUCAUUGUCUGAAGACAACAAGUACAGUAUGUAUUUCUAUAAGGAAAACAGUAAGACACAUUAUCACAGUUAAAUGACUGGAUAAAAGCAGUGAUUAGGAAAGGUUGUAUACCUGUAAAUAUGAGAGGUUGAUGUUCAGAAGACUGUUGUAUGUUAUUGUAUACUGUGAUAUUUGGAUUAUUUUAAACAGGGACACUAUGCUCUAGAAGGCAAAGUAUGCAUUGAAGAAUAUCUAUAUAUUUAAAUUAGUACGCUAUGUAAGGCUGUUACUUGUUUGUAAAUAUGCAUUCAAAUAAAACAUUAGAUCCCAUAACAUGUUAUUUUUA